CUCGGGAGGCGGCGGCAGCAGCAGCAGCAGGAGGAGGAGGAGGAGGAGGAGGAAGAGCAGAGCCCGGUCCCAGCCAGCCCCGGCCCGCUGCCUGCCGCUGUUCCGCCGGCCGCAGGUUCCUGUGUGUGGUACAUCAAAAGAUCUAGAGUGAAGGAUUUAACCUGAGUAGGCUGCACUCACUCUCCUGUAGGAAUUUCAAAAUGAAGGAAGAGACCAUGGUGGAGUGGAGAAAUAUGGAUUUUGCCAAUGAAUCCUGUGGCCUGUAAUGGAUUCAUCCCAGGAAGUGAGAUUCUAGCUUAUGGAAAGGAGUUUGAGACUUGCAAAGUAAUAAUUAAAAAAACCUCAUGCCAAAAACACCUGUCCGCACCAACGCAAGUUGAUCUGGAGCUUCAUGCUUAGUGCUGAUGAUGAAUUGCCUGUGGUUUUGGGGAGGCUAAUUCUUGCUUUUGAUGGCAUUGGAAAUCUGAAGUUGAUGCUCAUGAGAAGUAAAAUCAGGGAACGUGGAUUACUCUGUGUGCCUGAAGAUCACAGAGGCAGCAGCAAAACGACAGAACUUCUCUUUGAAGCAGUGGUUUCAGCUGUGUCAUUGUGUGCACUGGGAACUGAGAGAAAUAGCAGCCAGCCUGGGAGAAGAUGCCAGCUAAAGGGAAAUACUUCUUCAAUGAGAGCGAUGACGGCCGGAUAUCAGACCCGCUCUACGAGAAGUACCGCUACACCAGCCAGCAGCAUCCCCUCCUGCUGCUGCUGCUCUUCAUUGCCAUCCUCCUCUGGACUACUCUAAUCAUAAUCUUCUUUGUUACUGCUGAAGCUCGUUCCCACCUUGCCUUCGUGGUGGCGGUGUGCGCGGCGCUGGCCGCGUUUGCUGUCAUGUACCUGCUGCUGUGCAUGGAGUCCCUGUUCCGCAGGUGGCUGGCGCUCUUUGGGGCCGUGGCUUGGCUCUGCUUCCUCACUGUGGGCUACGUUUCCCUUUUUGAAGCAGGAGGUGAUUAUCAGCUGUGGGAACAGGUGCCAUUCUUUCUGUUCAUAAUCUUCACAGUUUAUACCAUGCUACCCUUUGGGAUGAGAGGUGCUGUCAUAAUUAGUGUUGUUUCUGCUCUCUCCCAUAUUGUUGUUUUAACUGUGGUAAGUGUGACUUCUCAAGGAAAUAAGGAACCCAUUCCAUUCCAGCUCCUUGCCAAUGCUGUAAUUUUCCUUUGUGGCAACUUCAUGGGUGCAUUUCACAAACGCCAAAUGCAGGUUGCUUCGUGGGAUUUGUACAGAUACACCUUAAAGUGCAUUCAGGUCCGAAUGAAACUGAAGAUUGAGAAGAGGCAGCAAGAAAAUUUGCUUUUAUCCAUCCUGCCUGCUCAUAUCUCUAUGGAAAUGAAGCUGGCAAUCAUUGAGCGACUGAAGGAAACUAAUGAUAACAGGCAGAUGCAUGACAAUAACUUCCACAGCCUAUAUGUAAAAAGGCAUCAAAAUGUUAGCAUUCUUUAUGCAGACAUCGUAGGAUUCACUCGCCUUGCCAGUGACUGCUCUCCUAAGGAACUUGUAGUGAUGCUGAAUGAACUCUUUGGAAAGUUUGAUCAGAUUGCAAAGGAGAAUGAAUGCAUGAGAAUAAAAAUCCUGGGAGACUGUUACUACUGUGUGUCCGGCCUGCCUGUGUCCUUACCAGUUCAUGCCAGGAACUGUGUUAAAAUGGGGCUCGACAUGUGUGAAGCAAUAAAGCAGGUGAGAGAAGCCACGGGCGUGGACAUCAACAUGAGGGUUGGGAUCCACUCCGGGAACGUGCUGUGCGGGGUGAUCGGCCUCAGGAAGUGGCAGUACGACGUGUGGUCACACGACGUGUCCCUGGCCAACCGCAUGGAGUCCGCCGGAGUGCCGGGCCGUGUGCACAUCACUGAAGCAACAUUAAAUCACCUAGGCAAAGCUUAUGAAGUGGAAGAAGGGAAUGGACACCUGAGGGAUCCUUACCUUGAAUCCAUGAAUAUCAAAACCUACUUAGUGGUCGAUCCAAGGUCCAAGCAAUGCCUAUCAAACAACCACCUCCCCAAAACCCGAGUGAACGACGGGCUGAAGAUGCGCGCGUCCGUGCGGAUGACGCGGUACCUGGAGUCCUGGGGAGCGGCGCGGCCCUUCGCGCACCUGAGCCACCGCGAGAGCGUCAGCAGCGACUCCUCGGGCUCGCAGGGCCGCCGCAGGAAGGAAAUACCUUUGUGUUCUACUGGGCGCCAGAGAACUUCUGAUAGAAAUUCAUCUCAGAAGGGAAGGAUGGAGGAAGAUAUUUAUGAUGAAAUGAUGUCAACCAUUGAAGGCCUCAGUUCAACUACUCCGUGGUGCGGCAGGUCGGAUGACUUCUGCGGAUUCUCGCUGAUCUUUGCCGAGCCUGGUCUUGAAAAAGAGUAUCGCACAAUUCCUAUUCUGAAACUCAAGAGUUACUUUGCCUGUGCCAGUUUUGUGUUCCUUUGUAUAUUUGUGAUCCAGAUGCUUAUCAUGCCAAAAACUGCAGAACUGGGAAUUUCCUUUGGAGUUGUUGCAGUCAUCAUUGUGCUUAUUUUGUUUGUGUGCUUUGCUGAGAAGUGUCUGAAGUGCUGCUCAGAGCAGUGGCCUCUCCUGCGCCGUCUGUGUGCUGUCUCAGAGAAGGUGGAAACAAUGCCUUUACUCAGGCUGCCUUUAGCAGUCAUCACUAUAGCUGCCUUGCUGAUUAUAGCCAUUUUUAAUUUGACUACUGAAAAGAACAAACCUGCCAACUUUACUGGAUCAAAUGACCUGAGUGCUACCACCUAUGCUUUUGGAAACACAACUCAUUCCUGCGUAGAGGAAACUUAUUAUGCUUACUGCUGUAUAUUGGGGUUCAUUGCCUGCUCGGUAUUUCUUCAAAUGAGCUUCGAACUCAAAGUUCUCCUCCUGUCCAUUGCUGUGACUGUCUACCUCAUCAUUUUUAAUACCCUUCAGCACAAAGACAACUAUGGCAACAGUACCAGGUUUUUCAUCAAAGAGCCAAGGAUAAUGACUAAUUUAUAUCUGGUUCUGUUUUACAUAACCCUAGUUUUACUUGCAAAACAGAUUGACUAUUACUGUCGACUGGAUUGUCUGUGGAAGAAUAAGUUUAAAAAAGAACAUGAACAAUUUGAAACUAUGGAGAAUGUUAACAGGCUUUUGCUAGAAAAUGUACUUCCAGCACAUGUUGCUGCAUAUUUCAUUGGAGAAAAACGAAAUGAGGACUGGUACCAUCAAUCCUACGACUGUGUCUGUGUCAUGUUUGCAUCAGUACCAGAUUUUAAGGUGUUCUACACUGAAUGUGAUGUCAAUAAAGAAGGCUUGGAAUGCUUGAGGCUGUUAAAUGAAAUCAUUGCUGAUUUUGAUGAGCUCUUGUUAAAACCUAAAUUUAGUGGUGUUGAAAAAAUAAAAACGAUUGGAAGCACUUACAUGGCAGCAGCUGGUCUCAGUGUAACACCAGGCCAGGAGAACAACCAGGACAGGGAAAGGCAGCACGCUCACAUUGGGAUUAUGGUGGAGUAUGGAAUUGCCCUGAUGAGUAAACUGGAUGGCAUCAACCGACAUUCCUUUAACAACUUCCGCCUACGCGUUGGUAAGCUCUGUUUGUGGGGAAUGUGGACGCCACAGCUCAGAGAGGUGAGAAACAGGCAGGAUGAGGUAGGUCCACGUGCUGAAGAGCCAAAGGCAGUGUUGUGUGGUCAGCUUUUCAGACAGGCCAAGCUCCUGCGUGGAUGGGUAUUUUCUCAUCACUGGAGGGAGCAGCAGGAAGAGUGCAGCUGCAUGACUUUGGAGGAAAUGAAAGGGAUCAAUCAUGGCCCUGUGAUUGCUGGUGUGAUUGGUGCCCGGAAGCCUCAGUACGACAUUUGGGGCAACACUGUUAAUGUUGCCAGCCGAAUGGAGAGCACAGGGGAGCUUGGCAAGAUCCAGGUCACCGAAGAAACAAGCAAAAUACUACAGGAGCUGGGAUACUCAUGUGAAUGUAGGGGACUCAUUAAUGUCAAAGGCAAGGGAGAACUGAGGACUUAUUUUGUUUGCACUGAGACAGCCAAAUUUCAAGGCAUGGGACUGAACUGAGGCUAAAAUGAAGUUAAUAAAAAUAGACUUAGAUCUGCCUCCCUUCUGUGAAGACGUAGAAUUUCCCUCCUUAUGUGAAGGACUUUAUUCUAAAAACAUGUAUAUACUGUUCCUAUCUCUUCUACAUCUCAAGAUGAGAGAAUUUUUUUUUAAUAAAGAAUUCUGAGAAGUUCCUAGAAGAUAUACAAAUGUCAGUCUGAAAAAGACUACUUUUUCCUGAAGUAAUUUGAGGAUUUACCUGGAAUUGCCAUGAGGCAUUUUCAGUUAGUUGCUUUCCUUACCUGCACUGGGAGUCUUAACAGCUCUGGUGGCAACUGGUGUGGAUGCACUGCAGAACUCGUUCCUAUGCUAAAACAUUCAUUGCCUGCUAGACACACACCUGCUUACAGUAUUGUGUUUGUCCUGACACGUGUGCUGAAACUGAGGGCACUGCCUAUCCUGCUUCAGUGCUGAACAGACUGCACAGCAGAAGACAGCUGAAUAAUGGGAAGAGGAAUGCAAGGAAACUCAAGUGUGUCACGUGAUGACUGUUCUGAGCUCUUUUGGGAAAAAAACCUGAAUUGCACAGUAUGGGUCACUUGACCACCCUCGCCUCCUCCACAGUAGUACCUUGUGUUAUGCAGAUGUUUUCACGACCAAGAGCUGUUCACAAAUACCUGAAAUACCUUUAAUCUAGUUCAGUGUGUUUACAUUAUAUUACAUGUUCUCCUUUGUAUUUCUCUGUAAUUAGUAUCUGUAUGUGCAUUUUGUUCUGUCAUGGUAAAUCUUAAAUUUUUUACGUUAUAUUUCAAAAAGUACAAGUGAUGGUGAGGAGCACAGGGAUCAGGCUCUGACAGCAGCUGGUGUUGCUGAUCCCAGCAGGAAUUCUGAUUCUGUGCUGUGUUCUUGAGGGCACUUAAGGAACUAAAAAAAAUCUGAAUUGCUGGGAAGUUGAAGAACAGAAUUACUAAAAUAGUAUUAGAAACAGUAGCAGAUACUGUAUAAACAGAACUGUGUGUGGUGGGUUUUGGUUUUUUUUCCCCGUUCUUAUUUCUACAGUUUGACUAGCCACUGGCUGGUUACUAUGCCUUUCAAAGGCAGUGCAGAUUUUUCAUAAACUGGUUUUGAAGGUUACAAAAGGACGUAUGGAAAAAAUGUGUUCAUAAUGAAAUGUUUCAGCAGAGCCCCAAUACUGGAAAUGUGAGUAGAGCAUUCAUAAGAUCAUUGUGGACACGGUGUAAAUUAGUUUAUUUGUAAGGUUUUUAAGCUGUUAGUGUCCUUUGCUAAUUUCUACAUUGGCAUUCUUUACUUACUGCAAUCUCUUAAUUUAUUUGCUGUUGGUGCAGAUGACAGUAGUUUGUAAGGCUAGCAUCUUGUGCCCUGUUAUGUCCCUCACUAAGGAUGGCUUCCUCCUUUCCCCAUAUACCACGUUAGGGCUGGACAGCACAGUGAUUAGUGAGUACAACACCUAUUUGGCUGAGCCUUACUCCUCUACAAACAGCAUUUCCUAAUGCUUCUGGGUUUACUACCAACCCAUGCUGGACAAGUGUUUAAGCAGUCCUGUGCUUCACUGCUGCCUUCUAAUUACUGUGUAACUUCUUUAGAAGAGGAAGUGACUAUAUAUCAAGACAGGAACAAAUGUAAGUAUUGUCCAACUGUGGAUUAAAAAUUGUACUGGUAGUCUUUGUCAAUUUUGUAGAUCAAAUCUAUGUGUGUAGUAGGUCUCCAACAGAAAACAGCAUGUAAGAAAACCUGAAUUUGAGGUGGCAAGUUCAUGCAUGGGCUCUGCUGAAGAAGGAAGUGACAUACUCGCCGUCGUGUUAGUGCAAGUCAGUGUUGUAGUUGAAAAAACCUUCAAACAGUUUUUGCUACUCUUGUAUGUUGUGUAUUUGUAGUUACAGGUGCUCAGCAAGCAUUUCUUUAGAGAUAUUUAUUGUUUUACAGGACCACGCAUGUGUCAAAGGCUCCUUUCAGCAGUCUUUGAUGUCAUGUUAGGUGAAGUGACCAUUUGUCUCAUGAAUCUAAUUUGAAAAGUGCAUUAUGCCUAUAAAUAGAGCUGGCUCUGAAGUGCUCCUGUUCACAGAACUUGUAGACUGUAGAUGUAAGUUAUCUAAGAAAGAACAUUUGCUGUCUGUAACAGCAUUUUGAAAUGCUUUUGUUUACAUGAUGUUGCCUGUCAGGCUGGUAACUUAUUUGGGUGUACCUUCGACUCAACCUCAUUUGCAGAAGUGGCAGGAAGAGCUGCAGCUUCCAAAGGGGAAGGAGUUGGGUUUGGUUGCAGAUUUAAAAAGAAUGCUGACUUGGUGUGCUGUGCACAGCCUUCUUGGGGAAGUUAGAAACUCUGUGUAAUGAAAGAGAGGAUGACUAAUUUCUCACCAGAACUGAACUGUAUAAGAGCUAUAUUCAACCACAGAAAAAGUUCAACUUAACAAGCAACUGUAUUGAAAUAAUUGUUUUCAGCAGUCCUUCUGAGAUUGUUUCUUCAAUUUAAGUUUCACAGUUCAAUCUUGGUGGAAAAAUCUUCCUUGCAGCAUUAUUUUUUUUUCUUAAAUGGAAAAAAUGGCACUGUAUCUAAUUUGAAGAGCUAAUAACAUCUGGAACUAGGUAUCUGGUUUAAAGAACAAACUUUGUUUUUACUAUGAAAUAAAAAGCUUAUUGAAA